AAGGUCUUUACUUUUAAUACACGCAGUGCUUUGGAGUCAAGAUCCAAAGUAUAAUUGUUUUUAUUAAUUAAAUGCCAAUUAGUUUUCAUUCAGCGAUUUUAUUAGUUAAAUGCCUAUUAGUUUUUGAGUUUUUUUUUUAAUUAAAUGCCCAUUUAAAAAAAAAAAUACGUUGUCAUUCAGUUUGGGUCUAAAAAAACAGCUGGAAUAUGAGACUGAUGAUUACAAUAAAAAUACAAAACAUUUUGAAUGCAUGUUUGACUUAAAAAAUGAUGUGUGCUGUUUAUUUUUUUCUCCCCUCUAACUAAUGAUUACAGUUUACGCGACGACUAUCUUUGCCCCCCUUCACUGCACGGGCGUCAAUAUGUUUUUUUUUUUUUUUUUUUUUUGCAAGUGCAGCUCGUGUCUUGAAUUGUAAGUCACGGCAAUGUUGUUAAAAGCAACCUCUAAUCAACGUUAAAGUUAAUGAGCAUGUUUUAUUUCCGCAGCACAACACGGCCACACAUGGACAUUAUCUAAAUUAUAGAGUGCAAAUAACUUCCAUUUAGCUCUCCAAUUCGUGACUUUUUUCCCGCCCACACGUAAAAUCUUUUCACUUGGACUUUAAGGACCAGCGCGUAGAAUUAAUUAAUGGCAAACUGAGACUAAAAUGUGAAAGUCGUCGGGCUCGUGCGGAUUUUGAGGCAUACUGGCCGGUCCUGAGCAGUUUUCCCGCAUUGUUUUGGUCAGCAUCAAUGGGGUCGGGUGCUUACGUGGCUAAUAAAAUAGCUCAUAAAGUGAUCUUAGAAAAUCCCGCAUCGUUUUGCAGCGAGACUUUAAGAUGAAACGGCAACGGCGACAAAUGGAGUUUCUCGCUCCCUUCCGCCAUUGUCCUUCCAUUCAUAUCUACCCCCCCCCCCACCUCCCUCUUAUCCAGCAUCCAUCAGAUUUUAUUUAUUUUUCAAACUACGCCGGUUAUUGGGGACUGGGUGCGUAUUUAAUGAGCGGAGGGGAUUGAUUUAUACUUUAUUGUUCAGCCUGUAUGAUCACGUGCGCCCGCCGUCCAAUGGCCUGGCGGCGUGGCUCCCACAUUACAGCCCACUGUAGUUGUGCGAGGGGCCAAGUUGCUACUUGAUUUCUCCACAUUGUUGUUUUGCGAGGCUCUCUUUACUCUUUACUGCUUGCGUAUGAGUGUGUGCGUGCUUUUUUGUCGCUGUAUGGCUCCGCUGGCCGGCUAACUGCGCGCACGUCAACGUGUUUUCCGCCAUGUCGACAUCCGGAGCGGUGACUAGUUACUACGUGGAUUCUCUCAUUCUCCCCGAGAGCGAGGAGCUCUCCGUGUCGAGGUACCCCUCCGGGCCCGGGUACCAGCACGGCAGGCAGCACCCGCCUUCCAUGAGCGACCACGGCGAGCUGGCCACUUGCACCUUCACGUCCAAAGCGCCCGUGUUCGGGCCGUCGUGGAGCCACGUCCCGGCUCAGUUCCCAGGCGGCGUCUCGUCGGUGUACCACCACCCCUACGGGCACCCGCAAGGCCCGACCGCCACCGAGUCGGACGCCCGCUACCAGUCGUGGCUCCUGGAGCCCGUGUCCGGCUCCCUGCCCAUGAGCGGAUUACAGGCGUCCCACCAUUACGGAAUCAAACCCGAGGCUGCCGGUUCCCACACGGCGCUGCUGCUCUCCGACUACAGCGGCAACGGCUCGGUGCCAUCGGCCGGGGAGAAGGACGCGCUCGCCGGCCGGGGAGUAGACGCGAGCGGGGAGUGUGACGAGAAGCCGACGCUCAUGGAGCCAAAUAACCCCGUGUCCAACUGGCUCCACGCAAGCGCCACGAGAAAAAAGCGCUGUCCGUACACGAAGCACCAGAUCCUGGAGCUGGAGAAAGAGUUCCUGUUUAACACGUACCUGACCCGGGACCGCAGGUACGAGGUGGCGAGGCUCUUGAACCUCACGGAGAGACAAGUUAAAAUCUGGUUCCAGAACCGCCGGAUGAAGAUGAAGAAGUUUAACAAAGAUGGCGCUGCGUCGAAAGAUGAGUGACUGAUGA